GUUUGGUUUUUUUGGAGUGAAUUGUCAACAUGAAUGCAGUAUGUUUUGUUCAACAUCCAAAAACUGCAGCAGAAUUAGUGGUUUUUGCCAUGGGGGAUGUAAACACGGAUGGGAAGGCGUGGAUUGUUUGGAAAUACGAGACUAUAAAGUAAGCAGAAUUCUAGGAUGGACAGAGACAGUGGCAGUUUUGUCUAUCAGUUUGUCAGUAAAUCUCUGCGUGUUGCUUGCCUACUGUAAAAGAAGGUAUGCUGGGCCUCAAAAGAGGAGAAAACUGAACAUUAGCAGAUAUAAUAGUUCCAGAAACUUCUUGUCUGAGGAGGCACAGACAGAUCCAAUUGGCCUUGAUGAUCAAGAAUACGGUAGAAGAGAAUACAAUGAAUUGCAGCUCCUCAACGGAGAAAAUCAUUAUUGGAACAUGUAGU